GCUCAUGGCCGAGUGUGUUUGUGAAGGCUCUGCUGGCUCACAGAGGGCUCGUCUCAGCUUUGAUACACAGACUGUGGGAUCUGCUUCAGUACCAGGGCAGUGCUUUGAGCGCGGCUCAUGUGUUGGGUUUGGCGGCGCUGCAGGUGGAGCUGCAUUACUGCAGACACGCGUGUCCUCCGGUGAGGCUGAUGGGCUCUUCUGCAGGCGCUCUCUCUGUGUCCGAGUGUCUCUCUGAUGCUCUGAUCUGCUCCACACGCUCACACAUGGCCCUCUGCCUCAGGUUCUGUGUGGCCGUUCUCGCUUAUGGGCUGUGCAGAGCCAACGCUCAGUCAGAAGAACUCCACAACUUUAUCCCAGAGAGACUUUAUAAAAAGGCUCAGUAUGUGAUGGCCAGACUCGUCCCAGAGACUCGAGCGCACAUGAGUGAUGAGUACGAGUCUGAUCUGCACACCGACGCUUCUGAUCUCACUGGGAGAGUCGAAGAGUCUGCUGUCGCUCUGUGGAGAAACACACAGAUCAGAUCGCUGAAGAAACAGCCGCAGUAUCAGCUCUCUUUCUCUGAGUGGCUCUCAUCUGAGCUUCAUGUUCAGCGGAGCCGAGACGCACUGACAGAUCUGGAGAGGCAGGAGUACGAGCAGUGGGCAUGUGAACAGUAUUAUCUGCACAUGUCUGAGCAUGAUGGAGGCUGUGAAGGAGACGUCACUCGAAUCUGCGCUCGCAUCAUCACGGCGGUUCUCGACCGACACACAGCGUCACGGACAGGAGGAAGUUCCCAUGAACACACAGAUGGCUGUCUGCCUGACUUGCUGUCGCUCUUACAGGCUGUAUUGUAUGAAGUGGCGGUUACUCGGCUAAACACAUCAGAGGAGACGGGUCACUUCUUCUGGGACGUGAUUGACAGCAGGUGCUCAGUGACCCCUGACCCCGACAGCAUUGGACACGAGCUGAGCUAUCAGCAAACACUGGAUGACAUCAGCCGGGUUCUGGUGCUGGUUCCUCCGGUGAUGCUGCUGACCGUCAGAACCGACAGAGCAGGAAGAAGGACUCUGGACUGCCAGCGAAUGAUGAAACACAUCAGUCAUGUUCAGAGGAGGGCGUGUCUUCCUGCUGGUCUUCUGUCUUUCCAACUCACGGCUCACUUCUUCAAAGCGGUUGUGAGUGGCAGUGUGAGCUGUGAUCGUCCGGUCGAGGCGGUGAACGCGUGUCUGUCUCUGUUCAACACAGAGUGUCCGCUGCUGCCGCUGUCUGCCGCGCGCUGGUGGACACGUCUGUCGGCUGCGCUGAGCUCACAGUGGAAGCGUUUGACGGGACGGGACACACUGCCUGAACAGCUGCAGAUGCUGGAAGACAGCCACAGCUGGAGCAGACGGGUGGGUGCGGGAUGUGCGUGGCCUGUGCCGUCGGCUCCGUCGUGGCUGCUGGCUGCAUGUCUGCACGGUUCUCUGAGGAGAUCAGACUGCGAGACGGAGAACGUCAGAAGGCUUGCACGACAGCUGCACGAGACAGACAGACAGGUUCUGCUCUUCUGGUUUGUCUCCAGUGUAACCGAGCUGAUCUCCGCUCACCUGAAUCAACAGGCCGCGGGGUGUUUGGAGCGCGUCAGAGACGUGAGCGUGUGUCUCCUCACUCAUCUGGUGGAUGAUUCUGAUUGGCUGCUGCUGUUUGAUCAGUCUGGAUCAGAUCACAGACUGUCUCACUUCCUGUCUCGUGUGACGUCUCAGCAGACACUCAGACUGAUGCCGUUUGCCUUUUACAGCAUUCUCAGGGGUGUGGCGUCAGAGGUCCUGACAGGAGCGAUCCGAUCUCCUGGCUUCCUCUACAGCGCUGCCGUGUCAUACAGGGAGCUCAGCAGACUCUUCCUGAACGCUCAGCCCUCGGGCGGCCUGCAGCAGCAGGUUCUGCUGGAAGCCCGGCGCGUUCUGAUGAGCAGCAUCUCGCUGAGCUCACCGGACUGUCUGACGCUCAGCCAGAGGCGACAGCUGCAGUCUGAAUACGAGCAGCUGGAUUCAGAGAUCUCAGCGGCGCUCGGCAGCUUCAGAAACGCACCCUUCACAUGAGACGCCAUCAGAACAACAGUCAUCUGUGCUGCCUCUCAUCACGUGAUCAGUGAACAGACUUCUUCAUGUAUUCAAAGGAACUGAGCAUGAAAAUAAAACAUGAUGCAACA